AGCGUAUCAGGGCGGGAGUUAAUUUCAACUUUACGUUCAUAAGCAUAAUCGUGGUCCAGUCUGCGAGGCUGUGACUAGUUGUUUGGGGUUGUAUAAAAAUCUCUAGUUCCAUUCUGAAGCGUGUGAGGAGAAAAUAGGUAGUGUAGUCUGGUGACAGGUGAAAUAUGUCCACAACGUAAGUCAUUUGCGCGUUUACGCAACAUCAGCGUUGCAUAUUACUGCUCCCUGUUUUGAUUUUAGAGUAUUUUGUGCGGUACACCGUCAAUAACAUGCUCAGAGAUGAACGUGCCGAUAAGGAGGCGGGCGAGCAGGCGCGCCACGAGGGCCCGUGCGAUGUGCAGGAGGCUGCGGGAGGAACGCACUACCCAAGGACGUGGUACGUGGCCAGCUACGUGUCGCUGCUGCUGCGGCUGGUUGCCACCGCCUACUACGCCUGGCUGAGGAACCAGAGGCUCCUGCUGGACGGCUUCAGGCGGCAGCUGGUGCCUGCCAUCUCCUCCCUCUCAGCAGUGACCAACCCGUCCAGCCGCGUGCUGCGGAUGAUGCGGCUGCGGGCGAAAGGCAGUUGCGACAGGCACGCGCAGAGACCCGGCAGCGAGAGACAGUCGCCGGAGAAGAGCGUCACGUGCAACGUGCUGCACGACCCGGGGACCCCCAUCAGAGCAGACAUCAUCUUCAUACACGGCCUGCAUGGCUCGCUCGAGAAGACGUGGAAGCAAGGACUGUGGGACCCAGCGGUGGUUCAGCCGGUGCCCCUGGAGAGGCAGCAACCCCCGGGGGACGAGCACGCAGGGCCGCGCACGCUGAUGCUGGACGUGCAGGGCCAGGAGACACGCCUGGCCAGCCUCAUGAACGACCUGAGCCGCCAGAGUGCAUCUCUGGCCACGGAGGAGCACGGCCCCUCUGCCUACUCGCCGUGCUGGCCCCGGGACUGGCUGCCUCUCGACUGCCCCGGGGUGCGUGUGAUCGCGCUCAACUACACCACCGACCCCUUCCUGUGGCGCCCCCUCUGGGUCACCAAGAGGGUUAGGUCUGGCAUGUUGGAGCGCAGUCGUGAGAUGAUGAGUCAUUUGCGUGAGAUCGGCGUUGGCAAUAACCCCAUCAUCUGGGUGGGCCACUCCAAAGGUGGUGUGUUCGUCAAGCAAAUCAUUAUUGAUGCAUUUGAGAGCAGCGAGGGAGAGGUGUCGACGCUGUGCCGCAACACGCGAGGCAUCAUGUUCUACAGCGUGCCCCACCGUGGCUCCUCCUGCGCCGACAUCAACCUGCCGCUGCUCAGACAGUCGGUGGAGCUCACGGAGGUGCAGCUGGAGUGCCCUGAAGUACUGUCUCUACACGCCAGGUUCCUUAGUCUCAUAGAGAAGCAGCACCUCCGGGCGGAAGUGUUCAGUUUCAUUGAGACCAUCCAGACGUUCAUGUCUUUCCUCUACAUCACCAUCGUGACCAUGGAGUCGGCAGAUGCUGGCAUUGGAGACAUGCUGGGAGUGCCUCUGGACCACAGAAACAUCUGCAAACCAUCCAGCAGGCAGUGCAUCCUGUACAGGAAACUGGCCGAGCUCAUAAACAGGACAGCGUGACCGGAGCCACACAACACUUGUGUUCUGCUGCAUGGCUCCCGCCUGCCUUAACACCAUCCUCCGCUUGCCUACGCCGCGCUCAGCCAGGAGGACGUUUUGCCUUAAUCAUCUUAGACGUAGCCCACACAAGUAUUUUGUUUUUACUGAUUCAGUUGUUUGCAGUUUUUAUUGUAUGUACAAGAAGGUUACUAUGUAAAUAUCGAUUCACUUAUAUUUAGCAUGUGAGCAGAUUAAUAUUUUGUAAGAAGCGUUUAUUGUAGUAGGAGCAUUUUCUUCUUAAAUAGCAUGAAUAUAUAGUUCAGUGUUUUAUAAAGCUCACAUAGCUGUGACUUGUGCCUUGUUGGGAAAUGAUGUCUCUAGUUCAAAAUAUGGGUUGCAGUAAUUGGGUGGUUAGAUCACUUACCUCCCAUCUGGGUGAUCAGGGGUUGUUUCCCAGUAGAAUCAAAUCCAGAUUUUCUGUUUGCAGGAAAUGUGGCGGACAUUGCCAUGAUCUAGUUGGUUUUCUCAGGUAACUGCCAUCUCCCUCCCCCAUUCAUUCCAUCAACAUUCAAUCCUCUCUCGUCACCCAUCAGCAUCUCUAAUAACCCCGCUGUCGUGACGUUAAGCCAUAAUAAGUUGGGACAAGAUGAUACGUUGAAAAACUGAAAUAACACUGCAUGUCAAUACACCAUAUAACACCGAAAUGCAAGUUGAUUCGCCAUUUAGCACCAAAAUGUAACUAAAAACAUUAUCUCAAUGUGCAGUUUCACAAAAAUUUACUCAAAUUACAACCAUUUUAUCUUUCAUUAUGGUAAAUACAUUAAUGUAAUUUAUUUAGCAUGGAUUUUGUACCAAAUAAUUGAACUAAAUGGCUUGGAAAACAUUAAUAUUACAUUCUUUGUUCUUGCAUCUGUUAUUAGUUACAGGUUUUUACAUUAAAGAUGUUGACACAUUUUUUAAUAACACAGAAUUUUUUUUUCUUUCCUUUUUUUUCAGAGUACCUAGUUCUGUUCUAGACAUGCUUACUACUAUAUAUUUUUUGUAUGAGUGAAUCAUAUGUCAGUCAAAAUGAGACUAUUUUGGUGAAAUAAGUUCAUACUAAGAAAUAUUUGCAUUUCAUAUGUGUUAAAUAAUGAAAACAAUGUAUAAAAAUAAACACUAUAACACAGAAAUCUCCUGUUUUAAAAACAAAACUUGCCUAGAAAUAAAAUUGUAAAAUCUUGUCCCUGGCUACAAAUCCUUUAUUUAUUCAUUCUGGUUUGAAAUAUAAAACAGGAAAGCAUAUGUAUUAACUUUUAAGUUUUUCAUAUACUUUCUGCAUUUUAAAUUUUAUUAUGUUUUAGUAUACGCACAAAAUAGUACACAAUUUUAGAGAACAACUAAUGUGCCUUCUUUAAAUGAUGAACACUUCAUUUAUUUAACACUGAACAUGUGAAAUUGUAUAUUCUGGUGGGGAGGCGUUAAAAGGGUCAGUAAUAAUUUUGGUAAUGCCAUCUCUGAACUUUACACAGUAACAUUUAAAAAUGAUGACUAAAAAUGUUGGCGUUAAAAUGCAAAGCAUUAUUUAUAACAGAUUGUUUAGUUAAUUAGAAGCUUAAAUAACAUUUAGGUAAGUAAUAAUUUUGUAUUUAGUGAUUUAGAUCACAAGUUUUAUACAAAACAAAAAUUAUGAAAAUUUAAAUUACAGAUAUAUACUGUUGUAGAUAAAUAGUUUAUGUCAAGUACUUUAUUUUUAUUCUUUUGAGUCAACAGUUAUAAAGCUGAAAUAAAUUACUUUACAUAUUACUAAUGAGCAACUCUGCCAUCUAAAAUGUUCAAAAUUUUUAUGUGAUUCAACUGAGCAUCAUUGUAUAAUUGAACUUAUUUCUUCAAAAAGCUUUUUUUAAAGAAUUUAACAUACGAGGGUUAUUUUUUUUUUCAACCUCCGAUCGGCUGUAAUAAAAAAGGGAAUGAAUUGGGAAAUUAUUUUAAUGUCAAAAGAAACGUACAUCUUUACUCUAUUUUUCCACAUAAUCACCGUGCAGAUUGAGGCAUUUGUCGUACCGAUGCACCAGCUUUCCAAUACCCUCUGCAUAAAAUGAUGCCUCCUGCCUAUUCAGCCACGUUUUAACAGUGCUCUGCAGUUCAUCAUUGGUUUUGAAGCGUCAUCCUCCAAGCCACUUUUUCAACGUGGGAAAAAGGUGAUAGACAUUCGGUGCCAAAUCCGGACUGUAAGGAGGGUGAUCAAACACUUCCCAUCGAAAUCUUGCAAGGAGUUGUUGUGUUACGGCGGCACUAUGUGGUCGGGCGUUGUCAUGAAGCAAGACAACACCAGAUGUCAGCAUUCCUCUCCGCGUGUUGUGUAUCGACUGUCUUAGCCGUCGUAGUGUCGCGCAGUAUGCAGCAGCAUUGAUUGUUGUCCCUGGCUCCAUGAAAUCAACCAGUAGCACACCUUGGUGAUCCCAGAACACUGCAGCCAUCUGUUUCUUGGUGCUGAAUGUCCGUUUGAACUUUUUCGGCUUGUUUGGAGAAUAGGUGUGCAUCCACUGUUGUGAUUGAAGUUUUGUUUCUUCAUUAUCGAAAUGAAUCCAUGUUUCAUCACCUGUCACAAUUUGAGUCAAAAAGUGUUCACCAUCGUCUGCGUAACGCAGCAAAAACAAAAAGGCUGAUGCCAUUCGCCGCUCCUUGUUGAUGUCAGUCAACAUCUUGGGUACCCAUCGGGCACAGAUUUUCCUGUAUCCGAGAUUGUCUGUAACAAUGGCGUAUAGGGCUGACCUUGAAAUGAGCUGAAUUUGUUCAGACAGUUCUGAAAUCGUGAAUCGACGUCUCUCACGAACAACUGCAUCAACUCUCUGAACUGUUUCAUCUGUUGCUACCGACUUCCUUCCUUGGCCACCUUCAUCAUGAACAUCAAUACGGCCUUCGCGGAAUUUCCGACACCACUCUCGCACAACGCCAUCGCUCAUAAAGUUUUCACCGUACACAACACUCAUUCGGCGAUGGAUUUCUGCUGCAGUGUGCCCUUCUGCCUGUAAGAAACGGAUGACUCCACGCUGCUCACAUUUCGCCGCACAGUUUAUCGUUGCAGCCAUGUUGACAUUCUCAUAACCAAGCUUCAACUGAGGUGUGAGUUGGCCGCUCCACAUGGUUGGUGGAAGGGGGUAAACACUAUAAGACGUGUCGAUUCGUGUACGAGCGAUUAGGGUAUCGAUUAAUGGGCAUGCCAUGGAGAAAUGAAACUGUAAUCACACUGCAGGGCACUGUUAAAAUGUGGCUGAAUAGGCAGGAGGCAUCAUUUUAUGCAGAGGGUAUUGGAAAGCUAGUGCAUCGGUACGACAAAUGCCUCAGUCUGCACGGUGAUUAUGUGGAAAAAUAGAGUAAAGAUGUACGUUUCUUUUGACAUUAAAAUAAUUUCCCAAUUCAUUCCCGUUUUUUUAUUACAGCCGAUCGGAGGUUGAAAAAAAAAACCCUCGUACAUUAAAUUAUGGCAAUCUACAAUGCUGAUCAAUAAUUUGCCUUUGAUAAUCCGUUAUGCUUUUUUGUUUUGAAAUUUCAUUGUAAAGACAUUAUUGCAGUACUAACCCUUUCUUUGAAAUACUAAUUGCAUAAUUUACUCACUAUCCACGCACUCAGUAUUCUGUCUCAAAUACUUCCAGUAGUAUUAACAACAGUAAUUAACUAGUUGUUCAUGUCCACUUUAUGACCUAUGGAAUCAUUUAACAUAAUUGUUCUUAUUUAUGUUACAAUACAUAUUUUAAAAUAAAUUUUAUAAGAACUUACACUGUCAUUGUCAUUAGUUAGACUGUCAUAUAAUAUAGUACAUACACUGACUGUAAAGUUACAGUUAGCUGAUAAAUCGUAAAACAUAUGUGAUAAGUACCUAGUUUGAUAGCUAGCUGUAGUUUAGUAAAAAAUUGAAAUUUAUGAAAUAUGUACUAAUAUAUAAAAAUGUUUGUAGAAGGUUCACUGUUUUGCUAAGAUGUGUUUUGAUAUCAUGCGAUGGAAGUUUGUAUUCAACAAGGUUUCCUCGCUGGCCACCAGUUCUCUUGAGGCUCAGUUGCACGGGACUUGAACUACUUCAGGUAAAAAUGUUAAACUUUUGUGUGCGGUCACACAGAGCCUGAAAAUGUUUUAUUCAAGGCCAUUUCACAUUCAAACUAAACAGGUUGAUUCUACAUAAGCCUCUGAUUGGGUGUUGAGUGUUGAGAGAAUAAACAGUCCUUUGCGAAAAACACAAGAUGGAGAAUGUUCUGGGCACAAGUUAGUGUAAUAUUGACUACAACAAAAAAUAAAAUGUAAAAAUUUUAUUGUUUUAAAAUAGAUGCUGACUGUAAUUCUUUAACAGAUGUACGCUUGCUGAAAUAAAUAGAAUCCUAAAAACAUUCAUUCUUUGAGUUGAAACCACUUUAAACCGACUGCCAUGCAACCGUACACUUUUGCAUUUGUAAACAUGUGUACUUUAACGUGUUCACCUGAAGUAGUUCAGUAUUACCCUUGUCCACACAAGUGUCGGUAUCGCUAAUACAUUUAGACCAACCACAUGCAUUUCAUUUACUCAGCUAUGUCUAUGAUGCCAACUCUGCCAUUUGAGGUCAGCUUAAAUCUGUCAAGAGUUGCUUGUUGUUAUAACAAUUUCACAAGGGUUGUAAUCUAUUGAAAUAUGUUUUUGUAUUAUGUGCUAUGUCACAGGAAGAGUAUUUAUCCUGUUUUGAAUAUAUUUUAUGCAUUGCUAAGUACUAAUACAAAUGUAGAGCAUUUGAUAAUUGGUUCUAUGUUGUCUUGUGUUUGGUUGUAAAAGAAUUCCAUCAAAGAAACUUCACUGUCAUUUAUGUUACUUUAAGGGUAAAUGUGUUUUAACUUUUAACACAAGAGAACAAAUGUUUGCCUUGCCUCCAGUUUGUGAUUCUAUGUUGGAUCAAUGUGAUAUGUCCUUGAUUUGGACUACCAAGUGCAGAUGUUAUCAUAACUUUCUUUAUGUUAGCACUGAGCUGGCUUUUGUAUUUAUAUAUAAAAUGUUUUAGAAAUGAGGUCUGCAUAUUUUUAUUGAGUUAAUCAAUCUAAAACAUUUGUACUAAUCUUGAAAGCUUAUUUGCAGUUCCUAGAAAACUAUAAAUGAAAUUCCAUGUCGAAUUGAUGCUAGAAUAUGAUCUUACUAUCUCUGUGUUUACAGGUGUUUGGACUCCUGACCGUUCUAUAGACAGUGUAAUGAUUUUUUAUUAUUCAGUGUAGGUUUGAUUACAUCUCUCCUUUUGUCAAAGAAAGUUGUACAACUACCAUACACAUGCACUGUAACAUUGUUCGGAACUAUAUAUGUAGGUAACCACACAUAUUAUAAAAAUAUGUAGGGCUGGGCGAUUAAUCAAAAAUUACGAUUUCGAUUCGAUUCCGUAAAUAAUCGAAAUCGUUUCUUCUUUAAAAUUAAGAUUCGAAAAAUUUGAACUUUGUCUAGGUCAUUUGCAUGGUGACAAUUUCCACAAAUUCCGUUAAAUUGCACAUAAACUUUGUAUGUACGUAAAUCCUCAACGAAUAUUCAAUUUAGCGACGUUCUUCAUAUCUACGAACUUUGGUUCUGCCAAACACUCAUGAUUCAUAAGCAAUAUUUACCUCCAAUCCUCUAAAUAACAACACUCAUUUUGUUCAAAAUGGGGAAAAAAAAAGUCUUUAUUACAAACGGCCGAGAAACACAUUAAUUAUGCAAUUGGAAAGUCCACGAACCAAUUGUCCAAUAAGUUUCAUUUCUGGGCUGUGAAUAUAACCUCAAUCACCGAAAGUGGUAAAUAAACACUACCUUAGCUUCAUAGAUAUGAUACCGAUGUGCACGCAAUAGAGCAGUAGCAAACCGUAUGUAUUCGUUACUGAGUAACGGGUGCGGCAUCUAGUAACGAGUAACGAAACGUUACACACGAAUGCAUUUCGUUACUCGCAUCUUUCGUAUGUUUUACGCAUGCGCGCGCUUAUUCGUUACAAAGAACGAUGUUUGUUUAUUAAUAAAAGUAUAAUUUGGAAAUUCGUCGUCCAAGUUUUUUACUGUUUAUUAAAGGUAUUGUGUGUGUAGACAAAGUUUUAGAUUUGAACAGAAAAAACGUAAGAAAGUAUUUUUUACAAAUUAUAAAUAUGUAUGUUUUUGUUUUUUAUUAUCGCGCAUUUUCACGUUUUAUGUUCUUAUCUUAAAAGAUAUAUUAUAAUAAAGCCGCUCUAAUGAGAUUUAAUUGUUUCUUGGUUAACAAAAGCUGUUAUCAAAUAUUUUUAAUUGUUUAUAUUCAAUUUAUUUUUAUUUACGCGACGUCAUACUGUACGCGUACGAAAUACGACUCAAUUCGUUGCUAUUACAUAACAUAGCAUGUGCCAUGUUAUGCGGUAUCAGAAGUAACGAGUAACGAUACGUAAGUAACGAGUACUAAUUGUUAUAGUAACGAAUAGAUAUGGGUACACAUUUUUUCGUUACUUUUACACCUCUAGCACGCAACACUUCCACAAAAUGGCUGCCGAAUUGUCUGCAACUUGAGCGCUAAUGGUGGCAAACUUCAGUACCACGGCUUGGACAUAAAAAAGUCUGAUUCUUCCAUCGAAGCUGUGCAGUUGUUGCACUAUAUCUGUGAUAACCACUUUGUUUUGGUUCUGGGUUCCGCUUUUAUACGUUUUUUAAAGUGAGGAAGUUUGAUACAGGGUGUCUACCAGAUCUAGUAAAUUAAAUUCCCUGAUUUUUCCAGGUUUUCCAGGUCUAAAACUGAAUUUUUCCAGGUUUUCUUUAACAUAAUUACGACAUUCCAAGAAACUGAAAAAAAAACUGCAUAAUAUUACAUUGACGGGUUUCAAAGUAUUUCAACUUACUUAAAUUAGUAAAAAAAUUACCUUCUUCCAAACGUGGCCAAAGUGACUCAAUUGAUGGCAAAUAAAACAUGCUGCUACAAAUAUUUCACACACUUCCUUUUGCAAAAAAACAUUAGUAAAAGGAAGCUCCCAUCAAUUUCGCAGUGAAUCAACUUUUGCGUCUAUUGCACUUACUUCAGAACGAGCCAAAUCCUACAUUCAAGCCUUCUUCAACUGCAAUGCCUUGAUCUCUUAAACUCUUCUUUUUUCUGCCUUCUUCUUGUCUGUAGCUUCCUUUUUUUUUUGUUUUGUUUGCAGGGCUUCCUUACGCCUACAUCUAGCAUUUCUUACAUACUGUAACAUGGACUUGGUGAUAUCAACAUGCUUUACACCUCCAGAACGUUGAACAAAGUCAUACAUCUGUCUUCAUGCGAUCAGUAUUUCUUCCUGCAAGUUUUCUGUCAGCAAAUUAUAAUUCACUGAAAAUCCUCUUUCCAAUGAUGCAUUUCCAUGGGAAAGUACCAACACCAUCCUCACAAACUUUAGAAGGCCUGUUUUGGAAGCUACUGUAUGUGCCUUAAGAAUGAGCAUCCACAAGUGAUCAGCUUCUUGUCCUGAUAGCCACCUGUUUUGAAGACAACAUUCUAAACUGUACUUCACACGGUUUCCUCACACCCGAAUUUAAAGCCACAGACGGACAUAAGCAGGAAAUUCCCUUGGUAAGAAUGUACUUCAGGGGACUUUUGUCUUGAAGUUUUAUUUACCAUAACCUUUAGACAAGUCCUAUCAUUUUUCUGUAACAGGACAGACUUUUCUGGUACUUUCUCUUUCUUGAUGGCAUGGCGUACUGCAUAACCCAACUUGAUAUUGUUAGCAGUCAAUAGAUUUUCCUGGUUAUCUACAUCCAAUCGAGAUAAUUGCAUUUCUCCCUAAAGCUCUUCAGUACUUCUGGUUUCAAAAACUUUCCUGCCAAAGCUAAUAAAAUGUCUACCAGUGAAUCAUAGAGAAAAGGUGCCAUGGGUGCUUCACUUUGGAACAUUGUGAGAAACAAUUCCAGCUCUGACGCCAAAAAGUGGAAGAAUGUCAAUUUUACUUUUAGAUUAUCUUCAAGAGCACUUUUCACUACACUGAAAGAGAGAGAUGAAAUAGAAACUUCACUAACAAAUUUCUUUAUAUGGGGUAACGUUUUCAUGGCACGCUCAGCAACUGCAGUAUUCCAUCUGAUUGCACAAAAUUUCUUGGGAAAAAUCUCUGAUCCAGUUAUUCUAAUGUAAUCUGCCCUCCUUGCAGGUACGUGCUUAAACAAAUAGUAACUGUGCCUCAAAAAACUAACAACGCCUCAUUGUGUAGCAGAAAUUCCAGUUUUGAAAGCACCAUGGACCGUAUGAAGCCCACAGCUACCAAUUUCUAGCAACAAUGGCGAAUCUUCACCAAAAGUGUCUGUGAUAUCUGUUUUCAAAGAUAACAAAAAUGUCCAGUUUACGUUGAGGGCAUCCAUAGAUACUUAAAAUUAAAUGCACCUGUCGGUAUAAUCUGAACGUGGGAAGCACAUGCUGCAGCACGUACGUCAGCAGGAUAACAGACCAUCUUGAACCAGUUUGUAUCACGUGAUUUGACGACUCUUCCGAAUCUGAUGGUAAAUUAAAGAAAAUGGACGUGGGAACUGUUCGUUAUUUGCCAUUCAAAAAUAAAAAUGAGAGGGGAUACACAUGAUGCCACGUCAAUGCAAGCUGAUCAAUAAACAAAAAACGUAUUGCCAACUACAACCUACCAAACAAAAAUUCCCUGAUUUUUAAAAAAAUUCCCUGAUUUUUCCCUGAUUAUUCCCUGAUUACAAAAUUCCCUGAUAUUUCCAGGUUUUCCAGGUUUUCCAGGGUCAGUAGACACCCUGUUGAUAGCUACACAUGUGGUAGUUGUGUUCUUUUUCUUUGUCUUAACAUAUAUGCCUUCACUGCAGUAUCACAGAUGCCGACAACAUUAAUGGAAAAUGCAAGAGCGUUAGUACUGUGGAAAUGAGAAAUGAUCCAUCAUGUUUAUUUUAUUUUGUCACGUCUUCACGUCCAAUACCGUGUUGAGUUUCUAGUGUGAAAACAAUCUUUGUGCUGAUUGUAGAAACGAGUGAAAACGAGGAAGGUGCAUUUAAAGGUCGAAGUGCGGUUUGGAAAUUUUACGAAAAAGUGUCAGAAACGCAUUCAAAAUGCAAAACAUGUGGCAACAAACUUAAAGAAGUUCAUGGGAGCACAACCAGCAUGGCUAAACAUCUCGCAAAACACACUGACGUAUAUUCCGAAUUUUUAAAAUUGCAAUCUCAAAUGGAAUCUGUGGUACUUCCAUCUUCAUCUGUACCCAAACAGAAAAUUGUCCAGCAAACUGCAUUUUCUAGGUUGGAAAAAUAUCCAAACGAUCAUCCCAGAGCAGUUUCCAUUACCAGUGCAAUAGGCAAAAUGUUGGCAACAGAUCUUUAACCAUUCAGCAUGGUCCAAGAUACAGGUUUUAGAGACCUCAUGUCACUGGUUGAACCAAAAUAUAGCAUGCCUGACCGUAGAACAUUUGCAAGGCGUGUAAUUCCAGAUCUUUAUGAACAUCAUCUUGAAAGAAUAAAAACAAAACUGGCAACAGACAUUGACGGCGGAGUAAAUUCCAUAGCUUUAACCACAGACAUGUGGACUUCACGAAGUAAUGAUUCUAAGAAUGUUUGCCUACAUUGUUAGAAAUUUUUUUACACUUGUUUACCUUAUGCAUUUGCUCUAGAAUUAAAGAAUCAAAUCGAAAUCGAAAUUUCAAUUUUUUACAGUAAUUUGAAUCGGAAUCGAAUCGAAAUGAAAUCUGUGGAAUCGCCCAGCCCUAAAAAUAUGCAUACUUUCUUAUACUUAAAUAUCUCAUAGUUACAUAAGUUUAAAUAUAUUUGUGUACUUAUAUCAAUAGUGUAUAUACAAUAUAAAUAUUAAUUAGGUAUAUAUAAUAUACAAUGAAUAGUUACAAUUUUAUAAUUUGUAUUGAUCUAUUUACAGCAUUUUCUCUGCAACUUUGAGUUAAAAUAAAGUAUGUUCUGUAGCAAGCUCUCUAAAUACUAGAACAGUUUGUCUCAUUUCUUUGCAAACAAGAAAGCUGAUGACCUUACAAGUAUCAAAGUCUGCCAAAACUAGCCCUGCAGACAAAUUUGCCCUUUCAACUCCUAAAGUGGACUAGAGCUAUGCAGGUACACUUUGACGGAAGCAAAUUUUGUAGAUUGUAAUCUCAGUGGUGUUUCUCACUAUGUUAAAUAAAUCUUUGCGUGAUGUCAAAAUGGUGACUGUUUCAAUGUAAUAAUACACAAAUACUUGCUUCUCUAGGUUAGUUUAAACAACCCUUUCUAGUUUUAGAUUAACUAACCUAAUCUCCAUUAAAAUCCAGUCUUUGAUUUUCAGCUCUCAGGAAUCUUUGGUGACAGAAAACACAAUCUAAAAAAGGGGGUGAGUGCUGAAACUUUAUGAGCCCUCUUUGUCUGUUGACAAAUUUAUUCCAUUCCUUUCUUAAAAUAUUUCCCUUCCUUCCAUCGCAGCUCUGUACUACCCUUCUGCAGUACUGUCCUUUUACUUAUACGUACUGGUGGAAUUAUACUUUCUCUACACUGAUUCUGACAAUUUAAAAGGGGGAAAAAUAAAUGUAAGCUGAUUCCUUUUUAUGAAACCAUCUUUAAUUUUAGCAGCAAGAAAUUAAGCGACCUCAAAAGAAGAAUGUAAUUCAAAAAUUCAAAAGGGCAUAACUACAAAAAAGUAAAUAUGCAAAAAUACUUUAAGACAUACAAGUGUAUAUUAUAUACAAAAAUACCAACAGUUUUUUUAUCAAAUUAUAAAUUUCAAAGAUAUAAACAUAUUUAAAAAAAUCAAAAAAAAAAUCCGAAAGGGCAUAAAUACAUAAUUAAAAAUAUCAAAAGAUUCCUAGUGAUGCAUACUUAUAUUAAAAAAAAAAAAAAAGGAAAAAAAUUUCACUGUUGUUUGUUAAGAGCUAAACUUUCUGAGAUAUGAGCCAUUUUUAGUAAUUAUAAGCAUAGUAGGUUGUAAGGUGUCUAAGGGGAGUUGAAAAUUGAUAAAUAUAACAAAUAUUUUAAUCUAAUAACUAAAUUGUGUUCCACUUAUGUAGCUGUAUUUCAAAUGUUACUCAAAUGUUAUACUUCCAUUUUCUAUUUUAUACACAUCUCUAUGGAGUAGGCUAAUACUUGUGCUUCAUGAUACAGUCGUCUCCAAGGUAUACAUAUCUCUUUGGCAUUACACGACCAUUAAUCCAGUAAUAUGAGCAUCACUGUAUAUAGGAUUAAAAACCAGUAAAAGAUGACUUUUCUGCAAAUACACAGGGUGAGUUAUGUUGGAGGUUAUUUAUUCUUUUAAAAUAUAUAAUAUAUACUAUGUACUCAUUAAAAUUCAUAGGUACGACACCAAUGUUUGGAAUACAUGUCCUUUCCACUUAAGAUAUUUGUUUCUUGCUAGAGUUUAUCCAAUUUCACAUAAAAACUUUCUUCCUUUACCCAAGGAUCUUAGGCCAUGCUAUUAGAAAAUUCUAGGGCCCCCUCAAAUUGCAAUCAGUAGCAAAAUAAAACAAAUAUUUUGAAAAACUUAAAAAUAUUGUGUUCUUUUAUAGUAGUAGUUAUACUAAUAACAUUUCAAUGAUUUUUUUUGUAAUACUUGUCAUGUGAUGUGUCCUGAAGCUGGCUAGUGGAUCGGAGUCUGUGGUGUCAGUGUGUUUUGAUGCUGCACUUUACGAGGUGGUCAAGUGGCUGAGGAAUGGCUCUUAGUGUGCUGGUAUUCACUCGGACGAUGUGGAUGCUGCAGCGACUGCUGAGCGGCAGGUUGUCUCGUGGAGGUGAUGUUGGUUGGGCUAGUAUCCACCCCUUAGUGGCGAAUCCUUACAAGUAGGGUUUCCCUUAGGUCUCCCAUUCCCCGAACAGACAACACUUGGAUACAAUCGUUCACUGUGUUUAUUUACACCAUUGGUUCACUGGCACAACUUCCCCUUCCUUUCUGAAUGGCUUAGGACCGAAUUUAAGUCUUCUGAUCAAGCCGUGGCAAAUGGCCCAAAGCCGACUGUAUAUCCCUACUAACCUAUCGCUGUUAUGACAUUGACUGCAGACUAUAGCUAGGCAGAUCCUACUUCUGAAUGGACUUCAUUCUUUCUCUUUCUGACUGGUGAUUCGUUUGCAGCACGGAUAUAUCUCUCUCUCGAUGGACACUGCUGUGGCAGUCAGAUGUCGGUCUUGAUGGCGGGGUGAGAACCUACCUUGGCUUCCAAAGCUGCCAUAUCGCCAUAUGCUCUGCUGGGAGCGUGUGACUGCGACACCAGGAACAAUCCCAUAAUUCUCAAUGUGGGAAUUCAAUACAAGAUUGCGACCUCAUCACUUUGUUUGAAUCAUUAUAUAUGAAGGCGGGGGGCGCGAGUGUGCUGAUUUUGAGAUAAAGGGUGGCUUACGGUCCAGUAAGAAGUAAAAUAGCUGUCACAUGUUGCUUGGCUCAAUUUUUAAUAGUGUGGAUGUCGGUGGAGGGGCGAGAUCACCCUUUCCCCUCAGUUAGUUGAUGUAAGUGAUGCAUGUAAAUGUCAUGAUGUCUGUACUUAGAAGCUUGUAAGGUAUUCUGUGUCAAAGUGGCCUAGUUGAUCUUGUUGUGAGUGUAAUGUAAAACUCUAAGGUCGCUAGCGACAGUCGGGCUGUUUGGAUAAGAUAGACAUGGGUGGCACGCAGCAAGUCAUACUAGUAGGUGUGCUAUUACGCAAUGUUAAAAAAAGGCAUUUUUAUUGCUUUUUAUGUAUUUUGUCACUAAUGGUGAGAUUUUACUGUAAGUACUAGAUCUAUAUCAACAGAAGAAAACUGAGUAAAUCACAAAAAAUGAAUUUUUCGGAGCAUUAAAUUAGCAAUAAGCUAAGUAUCUGCAUAGCUCUAAUAAAUUCAGAGUUCACUAACUGAAAGCUUGCUACCAAACUGUUCCUAGUUAAUCAAAAAUGAAAAAGACAAGUGAGAAAGAAAGCUCAGAUCAAAUUAAUUUUAUCCCAGCUGUUAGAACCCUCUCAAUCAAACAUUGUUCUGUGAUAAUAUUCGGGUGCUUCCAUUAUACAUUAUUAUGAAAUAGUUGUUUGUGAAUUUAUACAUUAAAGAGUUGUUAAACUAUGCUUCAGUUAUGUUUGACUGUAUUAUUAAGCAAUAAAGAUUUUUAUGAUAGUUA